CUUUAGUGGAGAUGUCAUCAUGGCUGCUCGUGGCUGGCUGGCUGGCUGCACCCAUUUCUGUGACUUGGACUGCUUUCCACUCGCUCAUGGACUGAUAUCAUCCACCAAUAAUAGCAUUCCAUCGUGGCGUGUGCUGCGCCUGCUGUGCGUGUGUCAUCCGUUCCACUCUCUCUGUCCAAUGCAUAGCAGCUAUGUACACUCAGAAUCGCACCCACACACACGCACGCAGGCAAUCCCGGCGAGCAGAGCCACCCAAAAACACUGCAUCCAUCCAUGCCAGCCGCACUCCCGGUCACUCGCAAUAUCAAUCCCACGGGAGUGUUACUUUACAAAUCAUGGCGGGACGGCAAAACGUUGCGUGCAUACGUCUUCCUUUCCUCGCUGCAACCCUCCCUCCCCACACCAGUCCGUGAGGCCGCCGCUCUCACUCAGGUGUAGCUGCCGAUGUAGGGGAAGCCGGUCUUGAAGACUGCGUCCUGCGUGAGGACGCCUGCAGAAUUCGAAAGGACGAGGCACGAUGGAUGACUGGCUGGAAUGCAAUGAUGCCUGCCUCGACGUCGCUCUGACUUACCGCUGAUGGCGAGCAUGGCUGCUCGGCAGUGGGUGAUCUCCUUCUCCUCCAUGUCACGCUGACACAUCACACACACACACAUCACACACACACACAUCACACACACACACACACUUAUACACGACCAAGCCCUCUUCACACCCGACCAAGCCCUCUUCCGUCGGACUAGACUCACCACGUAGUCGGGGUCUUUGUUUUUGCAGAAUCCCAGUGGAUCGAAUCCGAAUGCGCCCGGCUUUCUGCCCGACCCCAUAUUGACUGUCUGCGUGAGGGCCACCAGGCUGAUCAUCUCCAGGAACGACACCCACAGCAGAAUCUGACCCAUCGCACCGUACUCGACAGCCUUGUCAUGCGCCUGCAGGGACGACACAGCGUGCUCGGGACCUGCAACACACACAUACACACAGACACAUACAUAGACACAGGGCGUGUGAAGAGAGAGUGUCGGCAGUUGACUGACUGACCGGGGAGUUUGAACAUGUCAGCGACAACGUAUCCGAGGAACGCGAGCAUGGAGAUGCGGCCGUGCUUGAGCUCAGCCUCGCGCAUCCAGUCCAUGUUGGCCCACUCGGAGAACCCCAAAGGGUCAAAGCCCUUGUCGCCAGGCUGACACACAACACACACACAGACCCACAGUGACACAGACGUACACCACCACACAGACAACGUGCAGGUGUGUGUGUGUAGCUGACGAUGUUUGGAAGGUUCUUCGGCCUGCCGAGGAAGGGCACAGCGACGGGGAGUUCAGCCAUCAUGGUCGUCUCGGGCGCACUGCCCGCACGCCGAGAUGAACCAGCUCGGCUCAGAGACCGCAGACCGCUGGAUGGGACGAAUGCCUGCAUCACACACACGGAUGGACGACACAGCCAUGCAGCUGUGUCUGUCGCAUCCUGGUGAAGUUUCUGGUUGACUCACCGCAUCAGAUCUGCCGGCGUCCAGACCAUGUGAGAGCACCACGAGGGCGCUCAACAGACAGCCUUGAACCAUAAAGCGCUGCAUUGUGCAGACCAACGACGAGACCACAGGGCAGGAGAUCUGCACCCUAGCAGAU